AUGCCUUCUCCACAACCGCUACCGACAGAACUGCUGUAUUUAAUAUUGGCAGAGCUCGACAACCACCGGGGAACGAUACUGGCCUUACAACUCGCCUCACGAUCCCUUCGCGCAGCGUCCGAGCCGCUCUUGUACCGAACCAUCUGUUUCCCCAGAUGGAACGAACCCCGUCUGAAACUGCUCGUCGACACGCUUUACUGGUCAGGAGAGCGGCUCUGCCAGUACAUUGAUGGAUUCCACAUAUCCGCCCGAGAAGUCAAGUUAUCUACGGAGACCGGUGCUCGCAUCUGCGAAGUUCUCAAACGCUGCGCGAACCUAAACUCGCUCAGUGUCGACUUCUUUCGAAAAAAGGGAAACAAGGGUUCGAGCCCAUUCUUCGCUUUCUUAGACAGUGCCCCUUUUUCUCUCACUACCCUCUCGUGGACUGGGCUCAUCCCCAAGGACGCUCGCCCAUUUAUCGAUUUUCUCGCAUCGCAGUCGUCUUUACGCCACCUCGAUCUUACGUUGCCCCCUUUCCAAGAGCUACCGUGUAUACCGUCAUCAGCUUUACCCCGCCUUCAACUGGUCCGCACGGGAGGAGCUAUCGAUAACAUCGCUGUCAUUCUCGCAGAUCGACCGAACAUCAUACAUCUCCAUCUUGGCCGCGUCUCAAACAGCGUCUUCUCCCAGCUUGCCCAAGAAAGUGUGUCGGGUAUACGAACUCUUACUGUGGAUGUGGACGUUUGGCCGCUUUUCAAGCUAGCAUCUUAUAUGCCCCGUCUUCGAUGUCUCCAUUUCAACGGCCGAUCUCGGAGUGCUUCCACAAUGCUCCCAGCCUGGAAUAUGUUGACGUCGCAACAACCGGAGGUCAUUAUGAUCGCUGGGAUCGCGACGGGCACCAACAACGGAUAUCAGAAUCAUGCCCAGCCACCGUUGAUUGUAGCCUUUGGAACGGCGGGCUUUAAUAUCUGGAGAGCGGGCUUGUGUCAACUCGGUUUCGACUCCGCUGCCAACGGUUCCUCGGGAUGCACAACUAUCGCUGGGGCAGCGUUGAAGUUGCUUGUCGACGACAUCGCCACGGGAGUCAUUACUCGGGCAGUGAAGGUCGAUCGAACUGGCACUUGGUUCGGAUGGCAAGAUCCGUGA